AUCUCCAGCCUUGUCUCCUAAUCUUCCAUAUCUUCAACCAUGGCGAUUACAAUACUUGCGCCGGCUCCAGCUGAGCCCAUAUAUCGAGAAGUUGAUCCUUCGGAAGAUUCUGACAAUGGUGGAGCAGAUCUGGAAGGAGACCAUGAAAUGCGACCCACCAAACGGGCUAAGCAUUCUACCUUCAGUAUAGUUACUCCUGGUGAGGUUGUCACUGACGAUGCUCAAUGGAUGAGGUUUGAACUCGCCCAGCUCCCUUAUCACAGUCUGAUUACUGAUAAGAAUAUAGAGGUCAUGGCACAUACAUCCAACCAGGUAGUACUGAGAUCAUAGCCACAGUAGCUGGUACCAUCCAAAAAACCAAUAAACUCCUCUCCGUUCGUCCCCUCCGUGCAAGAUAUACCCCCGAAAUUGGAGAUUUGGUUGUUGGUCGCAUAAUGGAAGUACAAUCGAAGAGAUGGCGCGUUGAUGUGGGAGCCCCCAAUCUUGCAGAUCUACCUCUUGCUGCCAUUAAUCUCCCUGGAGGAAUCCUGCGCAAAAGGACCGAGACCGACGAACUUGAGAUUCGAACAUUUUUCAGUGAAGGAGAUCUUCUGGUUGCCGAGGUCCAAAGUUUACGCCAAGAUGGAAGUGCAAGUUUGCAUACAAGAAGUUUGAAGUACGGCAAGUUAAGAAAUGGGGUGUUCAUGAGUGUUACCGGUACUGGUGGAGGUGGCGGUGUGGUGAGAGCUCGCAGACAGGUCUGGACCAUUGAUACGAUGCACGGAGGAGGAAAAGUGGAUGUCAUACUCGGUGUUAAUGGUUACAUUUGGAUCAGCAAGCACAUUGAAGUCGCUGGGGGCGAAACGGCUAUUACGAGAAUGGAAGAGAGCAUCAGCGCCACAGUAUAUUCAAGUCAAAAUGAAUAUAUAGGUCCGGAGACCAGAACGGAGAUUUCAAGGAUAAAAGGAGUCAUAACGCUCUUAGUCGAGCAAGGAUUUCGAGUUGAUGAGGAUAUGGUAAUGAAAGGGUACGAAGCAGCAGUCACGGUAGACGACGAGGACUUGGGUGAAACCAAUGUCUAUCUAGGCGGUGCGAAAGGCAAGAAGGUGGUGGACUUGCUAAGUGAAAAAUGAAAUUACAUAAAGUAUGACUUUCAACUUGUUCGCUUAACAAGCUAUUCCUGUCACCAUCAUCGUUGUGGAUUUCCCGAACUAUUUGCAAAGCACGUUUUCUGGUGAAGAUCCCUGGCAACUCGAAUUUUCUGCGUAGCUGUUUCUGGAGUCGUGGCCGAUGGAUCUGCUUUUUUCCCGCCUCAAGAAUCAAGUAUCGGCGGGGAAAAUCCACCCAAUGAUAAGAUGUGGAUCGAGCCGCAUCCCACC